AUGCCGGUGCUAACAAUUAACGCUAAUAAUGCCGCUCCACCCGUUGUAGGUGUUCUUGGUGGUGGUCAAUUAGGUCGUAUGAUGGCCAAUGCAGCUCAUCGUCUUAAUUUAAAGGUUCUAAUACUAGACCCUCUUGGUAUCGAAUCUCCAGCUGGUCAAACGGGUCUUGAGGCUGUAGCUGGGAGUUUUACUAAGGAAGAAGAUAUUGCGACAUUGGCUCAACAAUGUGAUGUCUUGACCGUUGAGAUUGAACAUGUGAAUGCAACAUUCCUGCAACAUUUACAGGACAAUAAAGAGGCUGAUUUAAAAGGCGUUCAUCCGUCUCCAGCCACUAUUGCUUUGAUUCAGGACAAAUACCAGCAAAAACAGUUUUUUAAUCAAGUACAGGACGUUGAGGUGGCCCCGUUUGACGUUGUUACAUCAUUACAAGUAGCUCGUCAAUUGGGUCAGACAUUUGGCUACCCUUACAUGCUCAAAUCACGUCGGUUUGCAUACGACGGUCGUGGGAAUGCUGUUGUCAAGAGUGAAAAGGAUUUGAUCACUGCUUUUAAGAAACUUGGUGCCAGUUUGCUGGUUACAGAGAGUCCUGAUGUUGAUGAGACGCAGUUGGUGGAAGAAAAAAACAAAUUGUAUGCGGAAAAGUGGGUCCCGUUCGUCAAAGAGCUCGCCGUGAUGGUCGUCAAAGGGGCGGAGGACGAGGUCCGUGCUUAUCCCGUUGUGGAAACCACACAGCGUGACAGUAUUUGUGACACGGUGCUGGCCCCAGCGCAGAUCUCAGAGGAUGUGGCUAAGCGUGCUCGUGAUAUGGCACAGGCGGCUGUCGCCGAGCUGGAAGGUCGGGGCAUCUACGGUGUCGAGUUGUUCCUGACUGCCACUGGUGACGUGCUGCUGAACGAGAUCGCCCCGCGCCCACACAACUCUGGUCACUAUACAAUUGAGGCAUGUGAGACGGAUCAAUUUGAGCAGCAUUUGCGUGCUAUUACGGGCUUGCCUUUGGGAAGCUGUGCGCUGCGUGUACCAGCUGCACUCAUGGUAAAUGUGCUGGGAGACCCCACGUCGUCUGAAGAUGUGAGCUUCUCGCUGCUUCGCAACAGUUUGAAUAUCCCAGGUGCUGCUGCUCAUUUCUAUGGAAAGGUUGGUGUGCGUCCUGGACGCAAGCUUGGACACGUGACGAUUACGGCGCCGAACCUUGAGGAGCUGACCAAGCGUGCCACAGCACUGUCACCUGAGUCUGCAAAGAACUCGGGGUUGCUGAAGCUUGAGCGCAAGCCUCUUGUGGGCAUUGUCAUGGGCUCGGACUCUGACCUCCCAACGAUGGCGGCUGCUGCUGACAUGCUGGAGAAGUUCGGUGUGCCUUACGAACUUACGAUUGUAUCAGCUCACCGCACACCCGCGCGUAUGUACGACUACGCCCAGAGCGCUGCCACACGCGGCCUCAAGGUCAUUAUUGCUGGUGCUGGUGGUGCUGCCCAUCUGCCGGGUAUGGUAGCGGCGCUGACUCCUCUGCCCGUCGUUGGCGUUCCUGUAAAGACAUCGACUCUCAGCGGUGAAGACUCGCUGCUGAGCAUUGUGCAGAUGCCGCGUGGUGUGCCUGUUGCCACCGUUGCCAUUGGCAACUCUACGAACGCCGGUCUGCUGGCCGUUCGCAUUCUCAGUGCCGGAGACUCGUCGCUCAUCGAAGCUAUGGCAGCCUUCUUGGACACGCAAAGGCGCGAGGUUGACGACAAAAUUGAGACCAUGGCGACUGGUGGCUGGAAGGAGUACCUCCAGAAUAUGAAGAAGCGCUAA